AUUUUUUGCCAUUGCAAAAGUCGGCACACCCACACCCGGACUCAAAGCAUGUAAAAGUCACGUUUGUGAUUGUUAUCUUUAUGAGAAGAUAAAAAUUGCAAUAAGUUUUGGUUUUUCACCUUUAUGUACUAAUGAACAUUCUUACUUUAUUUGGUAUUUCUCCAACGAGCUGCUCGUGAAUAAUUAUUGACGUUUCAAUUUAACAUCAAAUAAGUGAAAAUCGUUAUGGGUAGCAGUGGCUCCAAAUCAACAGCCAUGGAUUGGCGUGACGAGGUCCCAAGUCUUGCAGAUCAAUUAUGGUACAUGUAUGAAAAUAAAAUUGGCACUGAUCUUCAAAUUGCAGUCACGAACGAUGAGAAAGUACAGAGUUUUGACUGCCACAGAACUAUAAUGAGGAGGUUGUCGUUCAAUUUCGAGUUGCAAGAUGAUGACGAGAAUUUCAUGUACGUGGACGUGGGAGAUAUGGACCCAGAUUUGUUCGACUAUAUAAUUAAAUUUGCUUACACAGACAAAAUUGUCUUUAAAUCUUUCAAGGACUCAAUCCAAAUCCACAGAGUUGCUUCUAAUUAUCAAAUGAACCAUUUGCGCAAAGAGUGCGAAAAUUUCAUGCAGAACAAAGUAGACAAGGACAGUGUGUGGAGCCUGCUAAGCCACACCAAUAAAGGUCCUGACCUGACGGCCUUGACAGACUAUUUUUUAACUGGGCAAACAUGUGCCUGUUUGGAAUCACCUGAGUUCCUCUCCUGCAAUCAAACGACUUUAGAGUUGCUGCUCAGCCAGGAAUCAAUCAACGCCACAGAAUUGCAGCUCAUCCAGGCGGUAUUAAAAUGGACUCGGCACAAAAACGGCAACAAACCCUUCGAUUCGGAAACAGCCCGGCGAAUUCUUGGGCCCUGCAUCAGCCUCUUGCGAUUUCUUUGCCUCACUGCUGCCGAUUUUUCAACUUACGUUGCUCAAAGUGGACUUAUUUCAAACGAGGACGCCCUUCUGGUGCUCAUAAAUUUGUCCACCAAAGGCCAAGCAAAAUUACCGAGUUACAUCUGCACGACUGAUGUCCCAAGGAAACCUUGUUCUGCUGCUUUCAAAGUAAACUGCGAUGCAGCAGUUGAAGUGCGGAAGGAAGAGGAAGAUGAAAAAACAGAAGGCGCAGAGUGUUUGCCUGCAGCACCGGCGGUCCAAUCGCAAAAAAUUCGCCGCUCAAAAAAAGCCAAAGCGGAAAAGAUUCAAAGAAGCCCCGAGCACAAACAGAAGUCCAAUAAGUGAAAAUGAGGUCUUCUUCACUCGCCUGCUUCACCCUGAGUUUGCUCACUUGGACCUUGCGCAACUCUACGAUUCGCCUACCUCUUUCCAAGUGGACCUGCAGCUCUCCCGGUCAGCCUUACUCGCUGGUUUCAGAUUGGACACGCAAGUCAAAAAGCCAGAUUUGGUCAGCACAAUUGAUACAUACAGAGAGAACGUGCAAUUGUCGGUUUACAAUACCAAUGUAAAAAAAUUUAUUUGCUGUCAAGGCUACACAGGAAGUGCCAAUUACGGUGCGGGCAGAACCUUUGUCAUUCGUUUUAAAAAACUUGUAGCACUUGAAGCACAAGUUUGGUAUUCGGUCCACGUGCGCUUCAGCAAUGCUGGAUGUUACAAAUAUUGCCUACGGCCCAAUCGCGUUAUACAGAAUGGUAUGGAAGUCAAAUUUAACACAGACGAAAAUUGUCCUCGGAGCGCCAACCCUAUUGCGGCCGUUAUAUUAUGUUUGUAAGCUUUCGUUGAAUAUAAUUUAUAUAAAAUGGUAUAAAACAUUAUUUCUCGACGGAAAGCCUGUUUUCUUAUUCUAACGCAUGGUGCCUAUCGGUGCUCAUUUAAAAAAAAAUAUUUAUACAUACUUGUGGCUUUACUCCGAAGAUGACGCCUCUGCCUUCUCUUUUCGCGAGCAGGACUUUUUGCCAAAUUGCUAAUUUCGGCACACCCACACCGUGACUUAAACUUAAACCACUUCAAAGUCACUUUGAUUGUAUUAUCAAAGAUAGAUUAAAAAUAUUGUUUCAUCACUCUUUAUGAAGAUUGUUAUUUCAGUUGUCUCUAUAUAUUGGACAUGCUCCAUACGUGCAUAAUUAUCAUCAAGAAGCAUAAAUUAUCAAGCAUUGCUUGCAAUGGAUUGGCGCGACGAGCUCCGUAGACUCCCAAAUCAGCUUUGGUACAUGUAUGAAAGGAAGCUUGGAACCGAUCUGCAAAUUUCAGUCACAAGUGAUCACAAUCAACAGGUUUUUCACUGCCACAAAAUGAUCAUGAGGAGGUUGUCUUGUGCCUUCGAGCCCCAAGCAGAUGGUGAAAUGUUGUCGUCUCUCGAUGUGGGUGACGUGGACCCAGAAAUUUUCUCCGCCAUAAUUAAAUUUGCAUACACCGACAAAAUUGUUUUCAAAUCCUUUGCAAGCGCCAUUCAAAUACACAUGGUGGCUACCAAAUACCAAAUGAAUCAGUUGUGUAUAGAGUGUGAAGAUUUCGUACAGAACAAUUUAGACAAGGACAGCGUUUGGACUCUGCUAAGUUACUCCAAUAAAGGUGUAAAUCUGAGUACCUUGGCAGAAAAAUAUUUAGUUGCACAAACAAGCGAGUGCUUGCAAUCGCCAGAGUUCCUCUCCUGCAGCCAUGCCACUUUGGAGUUAAUGUUAAGCAAGCAAGAGCUGAAAGUUCAUGAAAUAGGGCUACUGCAGGCGGUUAAAAAGUGGACCAAGCAUAAAAAUGGAGGCGAACCUUUCAAUUCUGAUGAUGCAAAACGGAUUCUUGGACCUUGGCUCGGUCAAUUGCGAUUUCUAUGUCUCAGUUCCGCCGAUUUUUCCACACAUGUUGAUAAAAGUGGACUAAUUUCAAAUGAGGAUGCCAAGCUGGUGCUCAAAUAUUUUACCAAGGAUUACCCACUAGAAGAAUUGCCAAGCCACAUCUGCAAGGUAACUGUUCCACGGGAUCACAAAUCUGCACAUAGGAGGGAAAGGACCCUCGACAAGCAACACAAAGGAAAGCGCCAGCCGGAUCUUGCAACAAAAAAGAAAAUCAGAAAAAGAGAACCUUUUAGCAAUAAUGUAGCAGGAAAAGAAAACAAAGACGAUGUGUUCUGUACGCGCCCAAUUGAGCCCUGUUCGAAGCACUUGGCAAAAACCUAUGAGUCGCCGACCUCAUUUGAAGUGGACUUGCAGCUCUCCCAGUCAGCCAUGGUGACUGGUUUCAGAUUGGAAACGCAAGUAAAAAGACCGAAUUUGAUAACUAAAAAAAUUGAUUCGUACGCCGAGAAAAUACAAAUAUCAGUGUAUAAUCCUGAUUUAAAAAAAUUGUUAAGCAGUCAAGUUUAUGUCGGAAGAGCCAAUUACGGGCCUGGAAAAUACUUUGAUAUUCAUUUUAAAAUGCCAAUACAAUUGGAUCCAGAAAUUUGUUAUUCAGUUGUUGUGUGCUUCAACAAUUUUGGACUUUAUUCGAACAGUCCACGGCUAAAUUACGUUAAAGAAGGAGAUGUAAAAAUGACAUUUAGCAAAGACGACUACCCAUAUAGUGCCAACCCUAUAGUGUCUGUCAUUUUGAGGCCUCCUUUUGAUUUCAACCCCUUUGGCUUUAGAAGGCCACCUGCUACUCCUGCCGUAACGUCCGCAACUCGCAAGAAUGUUAAAAAAAGUAAAGAACGGGAAGAGCCUCUUCGAUAAUGGAAGUUUGUUACAAUUACUGUUAACAUCUAUCACAUUUCAAUUAAAAAACUUCAAAUUAGGCAUAUAAAUUAAAUGAUCUUACUAUCAUUCAAAAUGCACGUCAAUGCACUUAAUAUUAAAUUAUAGGUCUAGCCCGUGUUAAUUUCUUUUUAAAUUGGGACAGUAUGGUAAAUCUUAAAUCUUAAAUUAGUUGAUUUAUUUUUAAUUAAGUGGAUAUCUAUUAAUCGGAAAGUGAAAAUUUUCCUUAAAUUUUUUCCUUUCGGCCGGGGUAGAAAAAUAAUGUUAUUUACAUUAUAAAUAAAAAUAAGAAUUUUUGUAAUGAUUCAUGAGAAGUUAACUUUAGUGACCCUGACAUAGUGAUUUUCUUUUAAACAUUUAUUCAUUUUGUUGAUGGAUUUGUCGCAAUAAAUUAAU